AAACAGGUCUGGCGGAGGGAGUUGUGGGGGUUGGGGCCCGAUCCUGCCCUGGCGGCAGGUGGGAAGGCGGCGCGGGCCCAGCCAGCGCCGGUCGUGGGGGGGCCCGCGGCAGUUCUGGGAAGCGGCAUCCGGCCCCGCUGCUCCCGGGAGACGCGGCAUCCUGUCCAGCCUCGCAGGAGACACCGCCCUGAGCCGGGGCUGCGCGGACACAUCCUCAGCCCGGGCCUCGGCGGCCGCGUCGGGGCCGGGGGGCUGCUGUCUGCGCUGCGGGCAGGAUCAGGGCCAAGCGGCACACGUGUGUCAGGGCCCGAGGGGCUGCGGGGGUCAGGAGGGAGCCAGCUUGUGCGCCCCGUGGCGGUAGCCGCAGCCCAGGGCAAGUAGGGGCGCCUGCUCCAGCGCCCAGGGGUGGGGGGACCCCUGUCAGCAGGUGAGGGGGGCCCACGGCCGGCUGCCGCAUGCCCCCAUCUUCCCGGGACGGUGGCACAGAGGAGGGGCGUCCUCAGCACCCGUCCCCACCCCAGCUAUUAAAACCUCCUCCCUGCCGGAGCCGGGCACACAGCCCAGGGGUGCGGGCUGCCAGCCCCUCGUUGCCCGCCUAGCCCCCCUCGGUGUCCUGGAGCUGGGCGCCGAGUCCCCAGGGCCCGGCUCCCCGCUCCUCCCGCCCGGCCCCCGGGCGCUCCCAGAACCAGCGAACCCGGGUGUCCGGGCUCUCGGCCCGCAGCUCGCCCUGCCCUCGGGCGCUGAGCUGGGACCCAGGCGUCCGGCUUCCUGUGCGCUGUCUCCGGAGCCGCCGGGCCGAGCUCCCUGUCCCAGCAGGAAGCAGCAACAGGCAUGGUCCGCGACUGACCCCACCGCUGCCUCAGCGCCGGCCGGACCGCUGGCAGCAUGGCCCUGCGCAACCUGUCGCAGCCGACGUACGAGCCGCCCCCCGCAUCCCUGGCCGGCAGUACGCCCGGGCUGGACAGCAUGGCACGUGGCUUCCUGGGGCUGGUACAGCCCAACGCCUUCCCGGCUGAGCUCCUGUCCCGGCUGAUCCAGGAGCCGGCCCACAUCACGGAGCCCGCCACGUACAAGCAGGUGCUGUCGUACGAGAUGGGCUUCCUGGUGUGUGCGGCCAUCGGCCUCCUCUUCAUCCUCCUCAUGCCCCUGGGUGGUCUCUGCUUCUGCUGCUGCCGGUGCUGCGGGCGCUGCGGGGGCCGCAAGUACCAGAAGCUGGACCAGCGCACGGGCUGCCGGCGCCGCACACUUUGCACCAUGAUGCUGCUGCUCUCCGGCCUGCUCCUGGCCUGGAACGUCUGCGCCUUCGUCACCAACGCGCGCAUCUCCCGGGCCGUGGGCAGCAGCUUCAGCACCUUCAACAGCUCUAUGGGCAACCUGAGCACCUACCUGGACGACAUCCCACAGCAGGUGGAUUUCGUGGUGAGCAGCAGCCAUGUGCCGCUGGGCCAGGCCAACGACAGCCUGCGUGACAUCAGCUCCGUGCUGGGCAGCGCGAUCGUGUCCAGCGUUGGCCGCGAGCUGCAGGGAGCCCUGGACGGCGCCGCGCGCCUGCUGGAAGACCUGGACGUCCUGCGCACGGAUCUGCAGGGAGUGAUCAACUCAAGCCAGCGGCUGCAGGACGGGCUGGAUGGCGUCGGCCGCAACCUCAGCACCCUGUGCUCCCGCAUCGAGCACAGUCUGGAGAGCUGCGGGCAGCCCUGCGAGCCCCGGCCCCAAUGCCCCCGCGCCCCCGCCAACCUCAGCCUGAUGCCAAACGCGGGGCACCAGCUGGACCUUCUGGACAACCUGACCCGCUCCGACCCCCAGGCUGUCAUCCAGCAGGCCAACCGGUCACUGCACGACACGCCACAACGGGUGGAGAAUGAGACGCGGGACCUGGUCGUGGAGGCGCAGGCCCAGCUGGACCAGAUCCGGGGGGAGCUGUGGCAGGUGCGGGCCAAGCUCUCGAACCUGGACGCCCUGAGCAACGUCUCGGCCACCCUGCACAACGUCACCCGCUCCGCCGCCCACUACGAGCCGGUCGUCCAGGCUGUUGACCGCUACAGGUGGAUCGCGUGCGUCUGCCUGUGCUGCCUGGUGCUGCUGGUGGUGCUGAGCUACGCGCUGGGCCUGGCGCUGGGGGUGCUGGGGCUGAACCCCGCCGCGCUGCCCGUGGACCGUGGCUGCCUGCCCAACACCGGCGGGAAUCUACUGCUGGCGGGCGUGGGCUUCAGCUUCCUCUUCUCUUGGCUGCUCAUGCUGCUGGUGCUGCUCUCCUUCCUGCUGGGGGGCAACGGCUACAUGCUGGUCUGCCGCUCCUGGCACGACCGGCAGCUCUUCCAGUUCCUGGAAACCCAGGGCAUGAUCCCCAGCUUCAACCCAGAGACGCUGGGGCUGCAGGGCCAGACCCUGAACCUCUCCCAGGUCUACAAUGCGUGCCAGCAUGAUGCCCCGCUGUGGAGUGCCCUGGACCUGGGACAGGCCGUGCCCCUGGACGAGCUGCUGAACCUCAGCCAGUACACGACCGAGAUCCGCGCAGCUUUCGCCGAGACGAACCUGACGCUGGCGCCGGUCGUGCUGCUGAGCACCGAGCAGACCGACCUGCUCCGCACCCUCGGCAAUACCACCCGCCUCACCAACCUGACUGACGACCGCCAAAAGCUGAGCACCAUCCCGAGCCAGGAGCAGCUGCUGGGGCUGGCGGACGAGCUGGACAGGCUGGCGAACGUCAUAGGCACCAGGGCGCCGGACAGGAGCAAGGAGCUGCGGGACGAGGCUGCAGAGCUGCGACAGCUGGACAAGGAGAUGGAGACGAGGCUGCGCAGUAAUGUGCGCAUCCUGAACGAGACCCUCCAGCGCCUGCAGAAGACGAUGCACCAGGUCCCGAUGCUGGUGGACUCUGUGCUGGAGCAGAUGAAGCAGGCCGAGGUCUUCCUGGACACACGUGUGGCCGCCACCAUCCAGAAUGAGAGCCAGCUCUUCCUGCAUCGGCUGCUUGGCUUCUUCGAGACCUACGUGGCCUGGGCCAAGGGCACCCUGACGGGCGAGCUGGGGCGCUGCCGCCCCGUGGCCCAGGCGCUGGACGGCGUCGAGACCAUCGCCUGCCGCUACAUGCUGGACUCUCUGAACGCCUUCUGGUUCAGCCUGGGCGCCUGCACCGUGCUGCUGCUGCCUGGCCUCAUCCUGGCCACGCGGCUCGCCAAGUUCUACCGCCGCAUGGACUACGCCGACGUCCACGAGAACGACGCCCUGGAGAUGUUCGCGCCGCCCCCCGCCUUCAAGAUCCCGCAGGUGGAGACAAGGCCGUGAUGUCCCAGCCCCGAGGCCACGGCCAUGGGUGCAGCUGCCCAGGCUGGGCCACGGGGGUUGCUUUGCCCCAGUGCCGGCACGGCUGUGCGCAAUAAAGCAGUGUGUAUAUGAA